CCCAAACCUUUACUUCAUAGGCAUCCAGAAUCAGACAGUCGUCAACGCUCACAACAACAAACCCGACUCCCAAUUUAACUCAGUACCUUCCCCUUGAAUAUUAACCUCUAUGGGACGACCAAAAACACCAUCGGGGGAAUUUCAAUCCCAAGCACUGCCUGUGGCCGCUGGAUCUCGUCCCACCCCGGAGAUGACUCGCAGAAUUGAAGAGAACCGUCUGAAAGCAAAAGCACUUCGAGAGCAACAUGAAGCCGCCCGUCACGCUGCCGGGUCACCUGGCCUCGACAAGACCCCGUCCGGGUUCAUAGCAACCGACACAGUACACAUCCCCAACAGCCGAAAACGCCCACACUCCGCGAUAACCACGUCGGAUGCACCGGAAUCGAGCGGCCCUGGUCCUUCUUCCUCAUCUCCAUCCAACAAGCCCCCAUCCACCGUCCGGGAUGCCCGGGCAAAGCCAGGCGAGGAAGGCUACCGGCCCCUGAAACCAGUCCGCAACUUUACCAAAUACGUCGACUACGACAUGGCCGCCAUGACCGACACCAAAGGCGGCUUCCUCACUGUCGAAGAUGACCCGCACAACACGGCCCUCGCGCCGAAACCGAAACCCGGACAACCCGAAGCCGAGACCAAACCAGCCGGCAUGACGCAGCGCGAGUGGGAACGGUUCCAAACCCUCCGCAAACUCCAGCGCACCAAGGCGGGGCCGUUCGAACCGUCCCUCUCGGUUCUGCAAGACAAGGACGACCAAGCGGCGCACUCCUGCCGCGAGUGCGGCGCCCGCGAAAUCGACCACAUCUGGGCCGACGUCUUCGGCGUGCGCGUCUGCUCCCCCUGCAAGGAGCGCCUCCCCGAACGCUACUCGCUGCUCACCAAGACCGAGUGCCGCGAGGACUACCUCCUCACAGAGCCGGAGCUCCGCGACGCCGACAUCCUCCCGCACCUCUCCCGCCCCAACCCGCACAAGAGCCACUGGCACGACAUGAUGCUCUUCCUCCGCUGCCAGGUCGAGGAGUACGCCUUCGGGAAGAAGUGGGGCAGCGAGGCGGCCCUCGACGCCGAGUUUGCGCGCCGCCAGGAGGCCGCGCGCGCCCGGAAGGAGAAGAAGUUCAAGGAGAAACUCACCGAGCUCAAGAAGAAGACGCGCACGGAGGCGUUCCGUCGUCAGGCCGCCAAGGGUGGUGCCGCUGCCGACGGACCCAAGAAGUUCGGCGACGCCAUCGGCUCCGGGAGGCAUGUCCACGAGUGGGGGAGGACAGUGGAAAACGAGGACGGCAUGACCGUCAAGACUUGUGUGGGAUGCGGGAUGGAGGUAGAGGAGAUGGAACUCUAGACCUGAUAUCUUUCCAUUGCACCUCCUCCCCCAUUGCUUGUUACGAUUUACGACUUUGAUGAUAGGAUGUGUUUGGGACGGGAAGCACAAUAUGCCUUUUUGUUUCUUCUUUAUUUCUUUUCCCUUUUCAUUCGGGAUAAUCCAUAAAAAGAGGGAUAUCGAACGGAACCAUGUCGAAAUCCGGUCACACAAAACUGUACUUGGGGUAUCGCAAUACUGCAGUAGUCCCGCCAAGUUUUACACAUUACACAAGAGCAUCGUCGACGGUGGAACGGAUCCUCCGUCUGCAUUUUCGCUUUCAUCUCUUCUCCCAUUUCCCUACUUCGUACAAUGUCCUCGCUGGCCCUCAUACCUAUGCCAA